GGUUGUGGCCACAUGCAUGUCCUGCACAAGCGUCGAGAGGGGCAGCCGGAAACAGCAAGUAACUGACCGAUGCCCGCUAGCGCGUCGUAUUCUAGGCCAACUUGAGACUUAAGAGCAGGCACAGCGCGGGUGGGGACAAACCACUGUUGACACCUAUCACUCGUCCUCCGGAACCGUGCUGGAAUUCGGCUCUGAAUGCGGUUUUGAGCCCGAGAUAGCUCCGGGUCACCGCGAAGCCCUGGGAGGCCAUAAAGGAAGUCAAGUGUUCAUGCGCGAAUCUGGGGCUGAUUAGCACGGGAUGAUCUGUAUUGGGAAGAUGUAUGCAUCACCGAAGAUGACCGCCUUACGUACCGUGAAUUUGCAGGCUGAGUUCAUGCAAUUGGGGUGAUAUUUCGUCGAUGCUUUGGUCAACUGUGGCGUGCGCGUCGCCUU